UGUGAAACCUGAAACUUAAAUGUGAUAAUUUACUGAUUUAUUUGUAUUAAUACACUAUUAAAAAUGAUGUGUAAGCAUGUAGAGUUUAUUUAAGCCUACAUGUGUCAUGUGUUCAGGCAGUCUCACCUGGCUUUACCGGAUCACAAAGGAAUGAUAUUCUCGGUUGUAGUGCAGAGGCCUUGUAGCCAGAGUCGAGUGGUACAUUCUGAGAGAGGAGAGGACGGUGCUCGGUUGAAACAUUCCAGCGUGCUCCUCGAAGCACGUGCCGGCGUCUCGAGCUGAACUUCCUGGUCCCGCAGAAGGAGGAGGCGUGACGUCGCUGCCCGCAGAGAGGCCCGCACGGCAGCGGCAGAGAGGCAGGGGGACGGCGCGCUGCUGCAGCCGCAGAGCAGAGACCGCUGCGGGAGAGACACGGGGAGGAGCGGCAGCCGGGACACACACACACACACACACAGGCGUUCACACCUACACACAACAACCGGCAAACACGGCAACUUUGCAGAGGCGACAGACGGCCAUAAUGCGGCACCGACCCCGGAGCUGAUGUGACUGCGCACACCCAGGAGCAAGGGAGGACGCGGCGGACGCCACCACCACCACCACCACCUCUCCCCCGGGUGCCUCGUCGCGGUGUGCGCGGCAGGUCGGUCGGUCGGACCGAGGAGGAGGUGGGGGGUGAGAGGAGCUAGGACAUGUCCUCGCUAACGGUAGAGGAGGACCAGAAAUGGUUACCGACACACGUCCAGGUGACGGUGCUGAGAGGAAGGGGCUUACGGGGCAAGGGCAAGCACGGCACCAGCGACGUGUACACCAUCAUCCAGCUGGGGAAGGAGAAAUAUUCCACCUGCGUGGCGGAGAAGACCACCGAGCCCGAGUGGAGGGAGGAGUGCUCGUUCGAGCUGCAGCCCGGCGCGCCGGAGAGCGGCGGGCGGAGCGGCUGUCCGCCGGCCGGGAGCAACGAGCUGGUCCUCAUCGCGAUGCACCAGGCGCUCAUGGGGCUGGACGUCUUCCUCGGACAGGCGGUGAUGCAGCUGGACAAGAUCUUCAAUGAGACGAGAUGCGUGAAAAACGAGUGGUACAAGCUCAACUCCAAGACGGGCAAGAAGGAGAAGGAGCGAGGAGACAUUCAGGUCACGGUCCAGUUCACCCGCAACAACCUGACGGCCAGCAUGUACGACCUGGUCAUGAAGGACAAGGGCGCCUCCACCUUCGGCAAGCUCAAAGAGCGCAUCAAGGGGAAGCUGAGGCCCAGCGAGUACGACUCGUCGUUGGCCGUCCUGCCGAGCGGUUACGGGUCGCUGCACCGGAUGCGGCAGCGGCUGCCGAGCGACGGAGGCGGGGAGGAGGACUACGAGGACGACGAGGGGGGCGAGGCCCGGCGAAGCAAGAUGAGGACCUUCUUCCUGAGAGGGAAGCUGAGGAAGUCGUCGGACGCUCGUUCCAGCACGUCGCUGGGCUCGGAGAGCAGCGAGUCGUCGCGGGGAGGGAGCCUGAGCCCCACGGCCGGCAUCAGCGUGGUGGUCUCCGACCUGUCCAACUCGCCCAGCAACAGCAGCAACCUGACGGCCGACAACAGCCCAGAUCACGCGUCCUCUCUCAUUUGCGAGUUUGGUGACGACGACGACGACGGUGACAUCACCAUCGCAGUGCCUCAGCUCAUUGUGGGCGUUAACGGAAGCCACGUGUACGGCGUCCGGCCCCUGGACUCGGGCUCGGGGAAACCUGCGGACUCUUUAGGCCUCGGGCCGCUGCAGAGUUCUUUGCCUCACUCCGUGUCCCUGCAGAACCUCAGGCCUUCCGCGGACCUCGACAAAGGCCCCGUCGGAGACGGCCGCCGCUGGUCUUUUGACAAGCCCUGCGAGGAGGAGAAGGCGGCCAUAGCGGCGGCCCUGGAGAAAAGCGGCCCCAUGCUGGGCGACGAUGAGGAGCAGUCGGGACGGGACGCUCCGCCCAGAUCCGCCUGCUCUUCCUCCUCCACGGUGGAGUCGGAGAGCCAGGGGAAGAAGCAGAGGAUGAACUCGUCUUCCCAGGGGAGAAGCGAGUCGGCGGGCAGAGGGCAGAAUCAGUCCAAGGAUGAGUCUGAACAGGCCCCCGCCGCCGCCGAGGAGAAACACAAGGGAUGGUUUGGAUCAAAGGACUCGCACAACAAACCCAGCCUGGUGAUGUCACCUAAACUAGAGCCCAGCACUGACCCCCACCCACCACUCAGCCGCCACCCACCGGGUCCUCCUGUCGAGCUCACCCCUCUGGUUUCCCCGCUGCAUCACACUAACCCUUUCUCCCACUCGCAGACCUCACCGCCUCCCAUAUCCCCCUGCAACCCUUUCUUCUCUCUCCUCCAGCACAACCCUUUCUAUGACCACGCGCUAACCGCUCGGGCCCUAAACCCUCCGCUGCCUCCUCUGCCCUAUCUCUCCAGUUCGCGGCCCCCUGUAGCUCGACUCUUUCCGCAGGCGGGUAACCCCACCCCGGUUCGCGGCGACCCGCCCGCAGAGGACGCCAUCGCCGGCACAGUUGCAAAGGGCAAAGCCGUGGAACGACCUGUCCCCCCGGUUCCGACGGAAGGGGAAAAACCGUUCCGCGGGAAGUCGCCCCGCACUUUGACGCUGGACCCGUUCUCGGAGUGGGACGAGUCUUUCCAAGCGUUUGCAGCUGGCAGGCUGCAGUCUCCUGAGGAUCUGACCACAGACUGCAAAACGCAGCCAAACGCACCGAGCGGCCGUCCGCUGGAACGCGGCGACGACGGAGCGGCGACGCGACCGAGAACGGAUCCGACCGCCGACGCGCCGCAGCGUCAACCUCGCGCAGGAUUUGCAUCCGAUAUACAAAAGGCCGUCGGCCAGGCGACCAGCCCGUGUCAUCCCGACACAUUUGCACAAUUCCUCGAGACGAUCCCGGAGCACGCGAGCUUUGAGAGCGACUCGCCAAAACUGGACGCUUGCGCCGAGACGAAUCGAGCUAACGGUGCUACUCACGCAAACGAUUUAACCGACACUAAUAUGCAUCAGGCCCCCCGUCGCUCCUCAUUUGUAAAGCUCAACAGCAGCUCCCCGGAUCCGAGUCUUUCGGGUAUCGGCAGUUCGGAAGCAGAAGAGGAUUUUGUCUCCUUCCUCUCGUCUUAUUCAGACAAACUCUCGGCAUCCUCCUCCGAGGAAGCGGGGGCACGGAACUUUGAAAGCAACAUCCUCUGCUUUGAGAAAUCAUGUCAUUCAUCUGUUGUACAGCACACAAAGCCCUCAGAGGACGUUACCGACAGGUCCACCGAUGUAUCUUCAGCCGAUGUAGCUCAGCACACUGUUGUUCAGCGCGGUGCGGGUGAUGAAGAGGGUUCACUGGCACUGCAGCCCCCAUCACUUCCACAUCAGCAGCCGGCGAUCGAUACAAGUGAGGACGCUGUUACUCAGUCACCAAACUCAUCAAGUGCUCACUUGUUACCAGAACAGCCCAAAUCCAAAGAAUCCGAAGAAUCUUUACAGCCUGUCGAUGAAAUUGGAGAGAAGUUCCUCGAUGAAUUUCUCCCGGAUUUCUCGACCGCGAUGAAUGAUUCCCCCGAGUCUGUAAGCAACACUACAGACGUGACGGCUUCUACGACUCCAGAUGAUGAACUCCACUCCCCGCACCCAUCGCUACACAUCAUCACCUCCUCCCCCGAUGUGCGGCGGAGGUCGUCGGACUCGCCCGUUGCGAGCACUCGUUUAGGGCGGCGGGAUGCGAGCCGGCGUUCCCCACGCGGCCCUUUUGCCGAUUUCCUCGACACCAGUCGCAUCGCAAACGGUCCCGAUCAAGACUCCGACGACGCGCUACUGCACGCCCGAGAGUCCGAUCGGAGCGCCAGCAGCUUUUCCCAAAGCCUUUAUGUCACCGCCGACUCGCAGGAUUACCAAACCUGCGAGUCUCGCUCGGCGUCCGAGUGCUCCGGCGGCUCGGAGCCGAACGAGACGCUGCACUCUGCGAGCGCCACGCUCCGCGGCGAGCUGAACGACACGCGUCCGACCGCCGGUGCCGCCGCGGGCCGAGAAGACUCCGCCGAUGCGUGCGAGAAACCACGCGGCGAAGGAGUCAACCGGUCCGGCCAAUCUGGAGGACCCAUCUGUGGCGCCGAGGGCAAGACGGCAACUCUUGAACCAAUUUUCCCGAUGGCGGAUGACUUCGAUUUACUCCCCGUGGCGUUGACGGACUCUCACGUGAGCUGUGAUCUGGGGAAGCGCUCAGAGGGACGCGGUGUCUUCGGCGACGCGCCGCCGACGCGCCCUGAGCCACCGAGCGCUUCGCUACACCGCUCCCAGUCCGAAGGGUCUCUGACUCCCGCCUUCGACGAACUCCUCCUCCUGCCCUGCUUUGGUAGCGACCCCGGUGCGAUACAGGAGUCCUUUUCCACUGGGCCUGGCCCUCGCCUCCCCUAUUUGACCUCCUUUGCUCCUUGUCUAACUCCUCAAAGUAGUAGCUCCCCUGUCACGCUAUGUUCCCUGCCUCCUCUUGCCAACGCUUCGGCGAGGUCACCACACAGCACGGCGCGAGAGCCAUUGCUUCAGGAGACGACGCCUCCUCCUCCGCAGGCAGCCAAUCAGCAGAACAGCCCCCACCCGGUGAAGCCCCUGACCACUGCCAUACCGGCUGAGGAGAAGCGGACGGAGGGCCGGUCAGUGCUGGAGAAGCUCAAGUCCACCAUCCACCCCGGGAGGGUCAGCCAGCUCACCGAGCAGGAGACGGAGAGGAAGAAGUCCGUCACGGAGGGGGCGGGCUCGUACUACCACCUGAACCACCGCGAGCUGGUCGCCCUGCUGGUGCAGCGGGAGGCCGACCUGACGAGGCAGAAGGCGGAGCUUGAGCGUCAGAAACUGCUGCUGGCGAAGCGGGAGGCGGAGCUGCGGAAGCUGAAGCCGCAGGUCAAAGACCUGGAGGACUACAUUGACACGCUGCUGGUGCGCAUCAUGGAGCAGAAGCCCACUCUCCUGCAGGUGGUGCGCUCCAAGUUAAAGUGACGGAGAGAAGGGGGCGGGGCUUUCUCAGCUCCGUCCACUCCGUCCGCCACAACAGCUCUUUUGGUCUUUUCACUGCUCUGCUGUCCUUUUUGAUACAUAUAAAUAUUUCGGCGGCACCGAGAGAGAGAGAGAGAUAUCGAGGCGGUGUUUUCCAGCCGGCAUGCUGAACUGUGCUGAAGAGCGCGCCCUCGUCGGAAGGCUUUGGUUCCGGGCGGUUCUGAAUGUAGCGGGUCCUCAGGUUGUUUUCAGGUUUUUGAGACGCUUCCACUUAUGGAUCCUGAUUGUCAAUACAGCGAUUCCUCCCUUUCACCUCACCUCACUUCUAUCACCUUAUCACAGGAGAGAGGAACGGCAGAGUUUCAGUCCACAACACUGAAUAUACAACUCGCUGAGCGUGUGUUGCAGUUCUGUAGGGAAACGAGAGCCAUCGGGUGGGUUCGCAUGGUCCAGACCGUUGACUUCAAAUUGCAUACUUUCACAUCAAUUCUGGCCAUUUCUGCAGCAUACAUCAGGGUUUAGUCUGAUUUUAUACCUGCGAGGCAGCCUUAGGUUUAGCUUCAUUUCAAUGCAGCAUGAAACUCAACUUGCAGGGACUUGAAGCCAUUGAGUGAACAUUUGCUCUUAUGUCAUCGUCGUGUUCUGAAGGAAGCCAAGCUGUAGAAAGUAAUGCGGACGGGUUCAGUUGACAAGACGGCAACGCUCUCGCAAGGUCUGCCACUUUUGUUAUUUUCAUUUUCAAUUAAACUGCAGAUUAUUUUCUUGAUUAAUCUUUUGGUUUACAAAAGGAUCAGAGCGCAAGGGGACGUUCAGAUUUCCUGUUUUGUUUGGUUAAUGAGGUAAACGAGCUGCCAAACCACCAGUGUGUCUCUAACACAACGACGCACUUGAAUGUCACCUCGGUGAUCGGCACCGCUUCCUCCUCGGGGCGUUUCUGUUGUUUUGGAUUGAAACUCUACAAAUGUUCCCACAAUGAAUACCGAGCGCUCCGACUCGUUUUCUUUGGAAGCUGCAGACCAAAUGAGCGGCGCGGGCGCUCGGCCUCGUCGCGUGCACAUGACCGGGGACUGGCUGUAGCGUCUGAAUGUUCAAAAGUGUUCUUAGCCAGCAAGUGAAUGGUUUUUCUUUCAGACGCACGAUUAAGUGCCGUUUUAUCUUUUGCUUGCGCCCACCCGCCUUUUCCUCUGUUCUUUUUGAGCAUGUCUUGAAGUUACCCAUAAUGCUCAGCCACAUAAGCUAACUGAUCCUUGUAUGUGUUAUCAGGUGAAGACAGGAUGUGUGUGUGUGUGUGUGUGUGUGUGUGUGUGUGUGUGUGUGUGUGUGUGUGUGUGUGUGUGUGUGUGUGUGUGUGUGUGUGUGUGUGUGUGUGUGUGUGUGUGUGUGUGUGUGUGUGUGUGUGUGUGUGUGUGUGUGUGUGUGUGUGUGUGUCUUCUCGACUCCCCUCCCUCGGUGUCUGUGUGUCACAUCCGCUUCUGCUCGAGCACGCACAUCGCCGCUGCUUCCAGGUGUCACACAGGGAUGUAUACCGCAUUUUACAGCAUCUAUAUGCCGUGUUGAAAUGCCACACGCUGCCUUAUUUUUUUUUGUUUUGACGUUUGUCAAGAAAUCUAGCACUUCAUUUUACUCGUUGGGCUGGAGGCAGGUUUUGAAGAAAAGCCAUCUGCUCACUAAGAGUCACUUCUUUUUUUCUUUUAUUUUUUACCUCUUCUGACGCUUUGUUUUGAUAUUGUUUAUAUCACUGCACAAAACUGAAUUGUAUGCAUACCAAUAGAAAAUGAGCAGUAACAGUGAUUUCCUGUGAAAUGCCAAAAAAUGAAACGAGCCUUGAAACUUAACCUGCGGAGCAGUAUUCUGAUAUGAUGCCACUUUUAACAGCGUUCGUGUAUGUUCUUGCACUACUUAAUCGUCAGAACAUACCUUUACUGUACCUGUCUGUUGAUAUCGGUAUUGUUGGAUCUCCUUUACACCGUACUGCACUUUCUAAUCGCUCUGAUUGAAGCACUUGGCCUACUUCGACGCCACAGCGAUGGUUUGCCAGUGAGCUUGAAGCGCACAACACCGUCCUGUCAUCUCUGUUCUGCAGCGCGAUCGCAAUAUGAAGCGCAUAGAUGACUGCAGAGGCGUAUUAAAUGUGACUCGGCCCUCACGACACGCAAGAAUAAGCGUCCUCUUCCAUGUCUUAUAUUUUCACUCUAUUUCAAACCGUUUGUAUUUCGUCCAUGAGUAUGCAGCCGGUGGAAUGUGCUUAAGGUGGUAUGUGAGAUUGGAAAGUUUACAAAUCGUGAUGCAAUUCUGUUUCACACAUUUUGUAUAUUUAAUAAAGAAUAUUUUGUGUUUCUUGCCCCCCGUAUGUUUGGUUGUCGAUCAUUCUUUGGGUGGCGUUUGUGUGUGUGUUUUCUUCACAGGGCAGACGGUGAUCUUUCUUUGUUUCCAGUGGAUUUUGAUGUUUGCAUUAAGGUUCUUUUUAUAAUAGUGAGCUCCAUUUUAUAUCUGGUUCCAAAGUACCCAAAAGCCUAGGUUUGUUUAACUAUUUCCCUUAUUUGUAGAACAAUUACAGAUAUACAGAUGCUGAUUAUCUUACUUCUCUGUUUUCUACAUCCUAACAGAAACACAUUUGAUAAAGUGAUAACAAACGUUUUUUUUCUAGCUAUCUUUCUUACAUCUAAUAUGUGAAAACACAAUUAAAGUGAUUUAUCUGCA